AGAAUUCCCGCGAUUUUAAUAACAUCUCCAUUAGCAACUCGUGACGCUUCGUUUGCGACUAAUAGCUGUCAAUUAGUUAAAUGGGGAUGUAAUUAAUUGCAAAGGACUUGACAGAUGUUGGCAAAGUAAACUAGAUAAUCUUUCAUCUGUUAACGAAAACACACAAUGCGUGGAGAAGGAGGAACAAGUACCGUCACACUGCCAGUGUUGACACCAAAGACAGUUCCGAAGAGAUACGAGGAGACACGUCCUGUCCUCAUACAAGGAUGUGCCCAUUCUAAGAUCAUAGGUUUAGGUCACGAGCUUCACAAGAAGGAACUAGAGAAAGCAGAGGCAGAGAAAUUACAUGAAAUAAAAUUAGCAGAGCAUGCGGUAUGGGAGGAAGCAGAGAAAGUAAAGAAUAUCGAACUUGCCAAGGCCAAGGAAGAAGCUGCAAUAGAACAAGAAAGAGUCAUUAAAAAACUGAAGAAACAGCAUAGCAAGGCUUUACUGGAAGAAGCACUCAAAGUUGAAAUGGCAAUGCAGAAGUUGGCUAUUGAGCAGGUGAAACAAGAAAGGUUGGAGGGAGAGCAACGUCUAAAGAAAGCUGUGAAGGAAACAGAGGAACGUUGCCAUAAGCAACUUGUAGAAGCUGUAGCACAGGCUCGCACCGAGGAGAAACAGACUGCAAAGGAGGAUGCAGAACUAGCUGCACAACAAUUUGUUGUCAAGUUUGAUACAGCUAUGAUGGAAAAGAAAAGAGAGAAAGAACUAGCUCUAGAGAAACUGAGAGAUGAAAAAGAUCUUGAGAAGGCAAACAAAGUGAGGGAUGCCGAGGAACGACAGAGAAGAAUUGCUCAAGAGAAAAUAGAUUCACUUACUAGACAAUACGAAGCUGUGAUUUCUAGUCUUAAACAAGAUAUUGAAAAAAAGGAAGAAGAAAUAAGAUUUCUAGUAGUUGAAAAAGCUGAAGUGCAGAGACAGAAGACUCAAGUAGAAAUGUGUCUAGAAGAUACAAGGAAAGAUUUCCAGGACUUUAUAGAUAAUCUACCUCCUUAUCAUAAGAUGCAGGCCGAUUUCCUUCUUCCAAGAGUCUACCUAGAUGAACUGGAGAAAAAGGGGUACCAGAUAACUCCAUUAAGGGCACCGGUAAAAAAGUCAAAGAAGAAAAAGUGAGCAAUAAGGACUUUGAUUAAAAGUAAUAUGCUUAAAAUCAAAAUUAUGGUACUUCAUUUGUAUUUUUUAUAAAUUAAUUUUUUUUAAUAUGUUUCAAUAAAAAAAGAGAAAAAUAUAGCAGUAUGCAUAUGUUGCCAAUUCUUACAUACAGGGUUUAUCCAUUAACCUGCUAAAUUUCUUUAAAUGGACUUGUCCUGUUUCUAUUUUUGGAACAGUCCAUUAUCAAUUUGGGGGUAAAUGUUUCUGCAGGUUAAGGAUUAGUUUUUCGAGAUUAUUGACCAGGUUACAAUAUGUUGUAAUGAACCUUUAGCUCAAUCCAGCAUCACGUAAUUUUUCUGACCAAAUUCAAAAUUUUAUAGAAACAGUCAGAUGGACUACAGUAGUUAUAGACUUGAUUUAAAUUUUCAAGAAUUAACUUAAUUUUAGCCGCUCAUUGAUAAAAAAAAAACACAUUGAAAUUAAUCAAUAGUUAUCAUUGUGACUUUCUUGUAUUAUGAAGAUGCUUCAAUAUAAAUAAUGCCAUAGAAAACA